UGAUGAUGAUGAUGAUGGUGAUGAUUACACCUGCACUCACUUUCAGUGGGUUCGCAGUCGAGCCGACAAGCCUGCCUUCCUCCGUGCUCUUUGAAAGCGGGGCGCCUGUAAUGCUGGAGGGGGACCCUGUACAAAUGUCCUGUCCAUCCUUACAAUCCAAUUAUUCUUUGAUCUAUCGCUGGAGCUUCCGUAACUGGUCAUCAGGCCUGGACAGCACCAUUGGAUCCAAUCAGACCCUGCCCGUGAAGACUGCCAUGCCGGAGGACUCUGGGCACUACAACUGCACAGUUUCUGAGAUUGGAAUUGUCCCCUGGAGUUCGGUGUUUUCCACUGAUCUGACGGUGGUCGAGCGGCUCUCUGCAUCGUUGGUGGUCGUGGGCUUCCAGGGUUUAGUGGUGAUUGAGGGGAGUGGCCUCGUGACCUUGAAGUGCGUGACCUCCUCCGGCCCCUCCCCCGUGAGCUGGAGCUGGUACAGGCUGGCCGGGGUGGGGCUUCGGCUGGUGGAGGUGGGGCAGGAGCAGGAGCUGAGUCUGGGGAGGACAGCGGACAGUGGGGAGUAUCUGUGCCGAGCUGAAACCUCCACCCUGGGCCUCACACAAAUAGACCACAGUGACUCUCACCAGGUGGACAUCAUCCCUUUGCCAGUGGGGCUCCCAGUGGGCAUAGCUGCCCUUGUCCUGGUCUUCCUCUGCUUACUGCUCCUGGUCCUGGUGGCUGCGUGGCUCUUCAUCCAGAGAGAGAGGGAGACUGCAGCUCUCCACAAGCAGGCCAACGGCUCCCCUGCCAAAGGACACCCUGGGCCUGGAAUGGAAUUGAAGGAGGACUCCAAGACAGUGGAGGACGAGGUCUACAUGAACUGCGAGACGUCAGGGGAGGGCUACACCGACCUGAACCACGACGAGAUAUCAGAGGACAACACCUACGACUGUCUGUCCUGACCAUAUCCCCAGAGGAAGCCCAGACACUCCUGCCUGCUGAUCAACGCCUCUGAUCACUCAAAACGCUCUUCAUCUGCCAAUCUGGCAACCCUGGGAGGGGUUACAAGGUUUGCCAGGUUGCUAAAAAAAAUCCCUGCCAGCAUUGGCAGAUUGAGGUUGUUUCUCUGUGCUUUCUAACUGAGUAGUGUCAAGAUGCAAGCUUUACAGAAUAAACUGCUUCUUGGAAAGCACACCGAAAGGCCUAGUCAUUGUGUUGCUUCUCUUUUCUCUUGCCCUGUUCAAAAGUCACUGACCUUGCAUGGGUUUGUGUGUCUGUUUGUUUGUUUUUACUGUCCAUACUUACUCAGAUAUUUCUGCAUAACCUGAUGAGAAUUUGCCCACUCCUACUGAUGAGCUAUGAUUGCUCCUGUAGACGUUCAGGGGCACUAGCAAUGAUCAUAGCUUAGCAUUGUUUCUUAGCUUAAUAUUGUUAAUUUUAGCUUUACAUUGUUUAUCUUAGUUUAAUAUUGUUUA